AAUCGCGGCUUUUGUUGUGGUGUGGACUAGUCUCUUUCUCUCUCCACCAAGAUUACUAUUAACUAUAGCUCCUCGGACUCGAACACAUCUCAUCUCAGAGAUCGAAGCAGAGAAAUUCCGAUCAUGGCGUUAGCUUCUCGUCUCUUAUCGAGAUCCAGACAGAUAGUUUUACGACAGGAGCAUGGUGUUCCAGUUCGCUGCUUUGCCAAGGAAGCUGCACCCCCAGUCCUCAAGGGAGAUGAGAUGUUGAGGAACAUAUUUGUUGAGGUAAAGAGUAAAUUUGAGACAGCCCUUGGGAUUCUUCGUAAAGAGAAGAUCACCAUAGAUCCAGACGAUGCUGCUGCAGUGACUCAAUAUGCAAAAGUCAUGAAGACUAUUAGGGAAAAAGCAGACUUGUUCUCAGAGUCCCAACGAAUUCAGUAUACCAUUCAGACUCGGACUAAGGAUAUUCCAGAUGCUCGGACAUAUCUGCUCACAUUAAAGGAGAUAAGAGUCAAGAGAGGCCUCACUGAUGAACUUGGUGCCGAGGCUAUGAUGAUCGAUGCCCUGGAGAAAGUUGAGAAAGAAAUCAAGCAACCACUUAUGAGGUCUGACAAGAAGGGAAUGGCUCUUCUUAUGGCUGAGUUCGAUAAAAUCAAUAAGAAGCUUGGCGUUCGAAAGGAGGAUUUACCUAAAUAUGAGGAAGCGUUGGAACAUAAAAUUGCACAAGCUCAGUUAGAAGAGCUGAAGAAGGAUGCUCUUGAAGCAAUGGAAACUCAGAAAAAACGGGAGGAGUUCAAAGAUGAGAAGAUGAUUGAUGUGAAGUCGUUGGACAUCCGGAACUUCAUCUGAAGUGAACGACUCCACUCACUGUUUACUGUGUUUAAAGUUUCUUGUUUUACUUUGUGGGGGAGAAUUUUUGCCACAUUUGUUCGGCUAGAAAGCUUGGGGCUCCACAAACUGAGAGGAUGGUCCAAUUACUUCAUGGUUUUCCCCCCGGAAUAAGAUAUAUCUCAAUUGGAGAGUUGAAAAUAGUGAAUUGAUGAGAAAUUAAUUGCAUUGUUUUUAUUUCCA